CUCUAGCAUGGACCAACUCUUCUCCACCACCGUUGCGCGCGAGCCUCUGCCUCUCGCACCACGCCUCACGACCAUCUCGCUUCAUUGGCAAGACACCGAAUUGCGCAGCGGGAGAGAAACCUCACAAGCCAUGCUUGCAAAAAAGUAGAAAAAGCAAGACUCUGCGCGUGCGGUCUUCUCUCAAUCUUGCCAGCUCUGUAACCACUACCGCCAUCAUGACGACGCCGCCCGCCCUCUUCCACGCCUUCCUUCGGCCUGCCAUUCUGCAAAUCCUACGAGCGACUGGAUACCACUCUACGAAGCCCGCAGUGUUAGACUCAUUAACAGACCUUGCGGCGCGAUAUAUGAUGCUCCUGUGUGAGAACACGGCGAAGCACGCAUCACACAAUCACGGUGACAAUGCCGACUUUUCGGUUGUCGAGGUACGUCAGGCUCUAGAGGACGCCGGCGCGCUGUUGCCAUCCAGAUGCACAGCAGAAGAGGAGUGGAGAGGAGACGACGACAUCGCCGAUAUCGAAGAGUUCAUCGCCUGGUUCUCAAGCCAGCGCAUGAAGGAACUGAUGGAGUUUGGCAACUCUGAGGGCGACACGGAAGCUACUGACUACUUGAACGCCCUUAAGACGAAGCACAACAAAACUGGCGACGACGCCAAGUUCCACGGAACAAUACUAGGACGACCAGCAGAAGGAACCGAAGUGUUUGUUGAAGGCGGCAGCGUAGCCACUGUAAAAGAAUGGGUGGCGGCGCAGACACCAAGAGCAGAGGGCGACGUUUCGUCACCAGCAAGCUCUGGUCUCAGCUCUGUAGGAGAUUUGCCCAGCGAUGACGAAAUGGACUUGACAAUGGCUGCUUGAACACCCUUUCGGACGAACCCGACAUGGACGGAUGCUUGACGACCUCUUCUACAACUACGAAUCGACAUGAUACCCCCUUACACACGAACAGUCAUAGAUAUGGCAGGAAAAGCUUUGUGCUUGCUGCUAUUUUACGCCAAAAAGGCGGAAAUGCUGAUAUACCGCCCUGAAUAAAGCUGGCUUGCUCUUGGGAUAACAGUAGCAGCAGUUAAAAAAUAGAGGUGGCUUGUAUACUAGAGAGGAAAGAUUUGAUUGUGCAUUACAUACUUUCCAAAAAUGAUAAUAAUACAAAAGAUCGCUUGAUUUUACAGUUAAUGGUACAAGGAACCCGUAUCCCUCCAUAUUUAUACAAUGCCACCCUUCUUGGCUGGCAGCAGUUCCAGUACCCCCAUGUCCUUGGCCACACCAAGCAUCAUUCUUCUGGCCUCCUUGUCAUUACCAAUCUCGGUGGCGUAAAGCUUUAGCAGGUAAGCGUGCAGUGCCUCGCCUCUCUCUGGCCCGUUAAGCUUCUCUGGCUCGUCACCAGCCCACUUGAGAAGGGAAAAGUCCAUAUCGCGCUUCGCAAUCAUAAGGGCCUUGCGCAGCGCUGGCGUGUCGCUCGAGAGCUUGUGCGUACCAAUUGCUAGCUCCAGGGUGAGGAUAUCCGAGGGAUAGAAUUUAAAAACCUCUUUCAAAGUCGCUAAGGCAAUUGUGAGACCGGGGGAGUCUUGGAGGCGGCGGAAUGAGUGCAGGAUCUUUCGAGCGAGCUGCUCAUGCAUCGCCUCUGAACCAAAGACUUCGCGAGAAGCAACCAUAUGGGCAAAGAGCUUUCGGGUGUCAAUAAUGUGCUCCUCGACUUCUUCUGGAGCAAUGAUGUGUAGCCUGUUGACAGGAAGCGACUUCCAAAGCGCAGUGAAUGUAUGAGGGUCUGGCUUCACGCCUUGAUCUACGACCAAAGUGUUGUACAGGUCCAACGCCUCGCUGGAUUUACCGGCUUGGAUGUAGCUUUCCAGCAGCUGAUUCAUCAUGAAUGCAUCAGGGCUGAUUUCCGACGCCCCAAAGAGUUCGAAAAGUUGUUCUUGACGGCUGUGCAAGUCUCGCUUUCGGAAGUUGUCGGCCAUGAUGCAAAAUGUCUCCAGUGUAGCUCGCGGAUACUCAGCAGGCUCAUUGCGACCUGGCUUGUUGUACUGUAGAGUUUUCGCCUUGCGAGCCGCAACAAAGGCUACUCGUGAUUCAAUCAUGUUCCAGCCGAGAGCCUCUGCUCUUUCCAUAUUGGCAGCGCUUCCAGACCGCUGCCAAGCACCGAUGAGGCCGUUUAGCUGAAUAGGCGAGGCCUGUACGCCCUUCGACAUCAUGAAUUCGACUACAUUGUGCGCACCGUCCAAGUCUCCGGCUCCAAUAAGCCGCUUUAACCACUUUCCGAGGAAGAACUUAUUAGCGACAACCGAAGGCAUGUAUUUCUGCUUGGUUAGAUCGAUUUGUCCGUCGCUCAUCAUAUCCACAAAGGCAUAUAGCGCAUUUUCGACUUGCCCGUUGGUGAGGAAAUAUGCAAUGACUUGAUCGUAGUCCUUGAGUUUCAUUGACUUGCCCAAAAGACCUCUCAUUUGUCGAUACUUUUCCCAGCCACGGGCAGGCGCAUCGUCUAACGUCUUCUCACACCAGGAUCGGAUAAUAGGCAUCAAGAUUCUUGCAUCCAGUCGUCGGGCAAUCAGUUUAUCAGCCGCUCGUUGCGCUUGAUCCAAGUUGCCCAUUCGGCAGUGCAUUCGAACACCGAGCUCCCAAAAUUCUUGGAAAGUCUCGGCCUUGUCUUCACCAAGCGUGGGAAUAUUUCGCCGCCAGUUUUCGAUAGCUCUUGAUUCCCAGCCCUCGACAAAGACGGCCUCAAUUGUCAAGAUUUGCUGAGCCGGACUGAGGGUGAUAUUGGCGUCACUCAUGUCCCUGGCAAGCAGGGAGAUAUGAGAUAAACGGUGCGGGUUGACAGACUCUUCCGUUGCGAAAACUGACCACAAGAAGUCCCAAACAUCAAUAGGUACGUUUACCCAUCCUCGGGCGAGUGCCAGACGACCUGCGUGAUACGCUCUGUAGACCGCGGAGAUGCUAGCUUGAGAGAAGACCGAUGUACGCCGUUUCUCGGAUUGCGCGUGGUUGAUAGCCGCAUUGAGUUUCGAAAUCUUGCGUCGUUGAUUUAACGUCCACGGUUUCGUUGGGAUGUCUGAGACUUGGCCAGCAACAGCACCGCCCGACACGCCGUCAGUAUCCAGCUGUAUUUUUCUUAACGUAGCUCUCACGGCGUCCACAACAUCCUCUGGCAAACCCUCAGUCGCAUCUUCGAUUUCUUUAUCAAUUUGUUUCGACCUUGCUUCUAUUUGAGCUGAAACAUUGUCAAUAUCGCCUUGGUUUUUGACGCCACUCCAAAGGCCGCCCAUUUGCUUGAUCAUAUUGCCAAAUGCGGCCUUCUCUUUUGGGGAUUGAAGCGUUGCUUCUAGAUAGUCUAGUGACGGCUUCACAUCUCCAGGACCAAAUGAAUCCAGAGAUGUAUUAAAAUCACUCUCGCGCUCAAGCUCCGUCGUGUUUUGGUCGGUUCGCUCAAAGUAUCGGACCGUGAAGUUGUCGUCUGCCUCUUGUUCGUUGGGUCGACUCUCGGGAUCCGCAGCCGAUGAUAUGGUAGGAGGUACUCGUCUAAUUGUCUUGCUUCUUCGUUCUGCUAAUCGAGUUCGUCUAGUUGUUCUCAUCGCUGGCUCCUGAGCUGCAUGAUUGGAAUAGGGUGCUCUGCUCCCGGGCAGCGUCAACGGCAUAGUCCCGAGACAUGCUCGACAUAUUGCCCCUUGCCGGCCUGGUAAACCGUGGAGUAACGGUCGGCACGACAUUGUUGACCACCCCGCCAAUGUUGACGCAACCUUGCUGU